AUGGUCGACCCUGUGGCGUACAGAUUAGCACUUCCGCCGAGCUUCGGAAAUGUGCACGAUGUGUUUCAUGUGUCACAAUUGAGGAAAUAUGUGUUCGCCCCCAAACACACAGUACACCAAGAAGAAAUGGUGUUAGAACCAUAUUUGAGUUAUGAAGAGAAACCGGAAGCAAUUUUAGAUCGAAAAGUAAAAGGGUUGAGAAAUAAAACUAUGGUGACAGUGAAAGUCCUAUGGAAGCACCACGGCCGCGAGGAAGCGACGUGGGAGCUUGAAGAUAAGAUGAAAGAGAAGUACCCAGAACUUUUUGAGUGA